CCCCCAUUUCGGCCAAGCUACAGCAACAAGAGAAAGAAAACUCUUCUUUUUCCUUCCUCCAUUGUUGAAGAGAGCUCAUCAAGGAAGAAUCACCCAAAAAGGAGCUAAAGUGCUAAAAGUGUGAAAUAAUUAAGGAACUUGUAAAGGGUAUUUCAAGUGAUUUCACAAAGUUGGAAAAGUCGCCGGAGUUGUCGCCGGAGUUGACCAAAAGUCUCCGGAGUUUCACCGGAGUUCAACCAAGAAGGGUAGAACUUCUUAACGCUAGUUCGAGAAAUGGAGGGCAGGCGAAUGGCAACCAGGAACAAUCCGAGGGGGCAGGCGCCGGUAGCAUCCCAAAGGGGAAGCCGGGCUGUAUCUCGGGGUUCAAGAGGAGGCCGUGGAGGCCGUGGAAGCCGUGGAGGUCAUAGGGCUCAAACCGUGAACGACGGCCAUGUUAGUUCGGUGUAUGAAGCCAACACCGGAGACUACGACUCUACAUAUGUUCCGGAAACGGAGCAUGAGGAGACCCCAUAUGAUGGGGGUGACACGUACACUGACGAUGAUGAUGAAGAGAGUGAUGCCAAGUUCGCCCAAAUGGGCGAAUUGCUUGAGUGGUAUCAAAAAGAAAAACUGAGGAGAGACCUUAGGCGCCAAGCAAGGCGUGGCUCUCGCGGUGGUUCGGGUCAAGGAAUCCGGGGAGCUUCAAGGGCCACUCCCGCGACGUCACAUGAUGGGCGUGAAGGAGGUUUUUGUGUGAGAAUCUCCAAGUACCUCAAGGAGGCUAGGGCCUUGGGGUGUAAGUCCUUUGACGGCACCGGUGACAUUACCGUUGCCGCCGAUUGGAUAAAGAAGGUGAAGGAUGCGGCAAAGGACAUGCAAAUUUCACCGGACGUGAAGUUGACUGUUGCUUCACGGCUGCUCGAGGGGAUAGCUUCCACGUGGUGGGAGAGUGUAGAAGGGAAAUACCAUGGGGAGGUCUCGUGGUUGAACUUUGAGCAGGAAUUUUAUGACCAAUACUACACUGACUACGAGAAAAAUGUCAAGCGUAGGGAGUACACUAACCUCAAACAGAAGGAGGGUGUUUUUGUUAAACAGUUGGAGCAAGAUUUUAGAACCUUGGCUAGGUUCUUACCGGAGUACGCGAUCAAUGAGGACCGCAUGUCGGAGCACUUUUGGGAUGCCUUACUCUUGGACAUCCGUGAUCGGGCUACGUACUCGCGCCACAUGACCUUUAGCGAGGUGGUGGAGCAGGGCCUUCUUGGGGAGGCUCAAUGAAAUGAGAGGAAGGAAAGAGACGCCGAGGAGGCGAAAAAGAGAAAAUGGCAUAGUUCGGGGCCGCCCGAGCAAGCAAGGAGGAAUAACCACGGUUGGGGUGGGGGUACGUUCAAGGCGCCGGCACCACCGGCAAAGAAGAACAAGGAUGCUCGGUGGCACGCAUCCUCCUCUCAAAAUACGGGGCCUCCUAAGUGUGCCAAUUGUUCAAAGAAUCACCUCGGGAAGUGCAACGCACCCCCGAGGUGUUAUCGAUGUGGGAACACGGGCCACAUGAAGGCAAAUUGCCCACAAUUGGGGGGAGGAGGAGCGCCGGGGACCGGAGGAGGAACCACGACGGGAAGGAACCGUGCGGGACCGUCAAACGGCGGCACAGGAAGAGGCGGUGCAUCCACAAGCCAUGCCGCAUCCGUCAACCAAGGUGGGGCCCAAGCACGAGUGUACGCAAUGACCGAGGCGGAUGCGCGAGCAAACCCGGACUCCGUUGCAGGUUGAAGCUCGGGCUUGCUACUUGCACCUUCUCACUGGUGAUAUCAUAUCAGGAAGACGUGGUUCGUGCUUCCUUAUUUUCUUUCAAACUACCGAACACUUGCUCAUGGAUAUUUGUUUUACUAUAAACUAUUUUUGGGGCUUGCAUGCCCAUGUUGUUGGCCGGUUGUGGUGUAACACUUGAGAUUUAAUAUAAACGGAUUAAUAGUACUACUCAUACCAACAGAGGUGCAUCUCCUUUUAAGGGAGCUCAUCCGCUAAGAACUCCAAAGUUAAGCGUGCUUGCACGGGAGUAGUCUUGGGAUGGGUGACCCCCUGGGAAGUUUCUCAGGGCGUGCAUGAGUGAGGACAAAGUGCGCGGUAAAGGCUUGUGGUGGUUUGUGAGGACAGUACUAUUGGUCUAGAGUAACUACCUCGGGUCCCAUGUGGCCGGGGUGUUACAGGUGGUAUCAGAGCCAGGUUUUUCCGGGGCAUUUUCCAAAACAUUUUUUUUUUCCAAAAGUCUUUUAAACAAAUUUUUAAAAGUUCUCUCAUGUUUAAUAAAUUUUAUUAGAUGAUACCAACAAAUUGGUAUCAGAGACCGAGGUUAUUUUUUGGGGAUUUUUCACAAUAUUUUUCAAAAAGUUU